UUAAUAUUUCGUGACUAGCAGCAGACAGCCUGGUUUUUCUUGUCUGAAAAUACACCUGUGGCCUUUUAGCUGUCUGCUGUUACAGAACUGAAGGCUCACGCUUUGUACUGAAGCAAACUCCUUGAGCAAGGUGUGUUCCUGCUGUAACCACCAACAGUUGUUGUAAAUAUGAUUCAGUGUUGACUGCUAGGUUUCAGUUAGUGGUUCUGUGCAGGUGAGAGUUUGAAUACAAUCAGUCACCAAAACACACAGACUCUGGACAUGCUUGUUUUAAGAUUCUUUAGCCCUAUAGCAGUGGCUAUAAUGUGGAUGGGGUCUACAUCUGCCUUCCCUAGUGGAGCACCCAUCUCCGCAUGUUCUCACCUGUUGCCUAUUCACGAGGAUGCAGUUCCGCAACAAUCACCGGCUCCUUACUGGCUUCUGCUCUCCGACACAAACUACACAUCUCGCCGACCGAUUUCAUUGACUGUUGGCAGUCAACAGCCAUUCUUAGCUUUCAUGCUGCAAGCUCGUGCGAAAAAUUCCAAGCGACCUGUCGGAAGAUUUUUUUCUGCUCCACAAGCUUCGCAGUUCCUGAGAUGUGAGAAUACAGAUGAUACCUUCAGCCACGCUGCUGCCUUCGGGCGGACUGAGAUGACUGUGAUAUGGCAGCCGCCAGACGAAGACGUUGGACAAGUUUCAAUUGUAGGUUCAGUGGCUCAGAAUAAAUAUAUAUUUUGGGUUGUUGAGUCAGAUAUAAUGGAAGGCUCAUCAGCUGCUGUACACACAGUGCCGCUGACAGACCACACUCACUGGUCCUCACUGUCAUCUGUGCUGUCAACUGUUUAUUCUUGUUGACAUUUCUACAGAACCAGUAAAAGUUUAGAGUUGUCUUCAGGGCAGUCUACACAUUAAUAGCUGAGAUUGUAAAACAGAGACUGGUGUAUGUGUGGUGUGAGUGGACUUCCACCAUAGCAAUCAAAAAUACCAGCAGCUACCAUGUUCUUUGAAAUUAUUUUACUCUCAUUUCUGUUUUCUAACCUCUGAUGCUUUUGCUCCGAAAGGAAAUAAAAGAAUUAAAAAAAAAAUGUUAUGGUCAUUUGUGGUCAGGACUGGACUCAAAUAUUCUAUAAAGCCUUCAGAGUUCCUGUAUUCUUUACAAUCUAAAUUUGGUCCAUUAUCUGAAACUAUGGCUGACCCAAACAUUGACCUAAACCACACAAGUGUUUGGCAAAUCCAGUGUCGCUCCUGGCUACAAGUGAUUUUUGUUUGCUUUGAAGCACCGAGCAUGUCAGCAA